GCAUGGAUGGAGGGAACCGCUGGACUGCGUGCGGGCGUUAGAGCUGUGUAACGGGGACAGCCAGUGCAGCUCCAGCUACAGGAUCAUGCGCCAGUGCCUGUCAGGCGGGGCGCGGGAUCGCCAGACCAUGCUGGCUGGCAGAGAGUGCCAGGGGGCCAUAGAGGUCCUACAGGACUCGUCGCUCUACGAUUGUCGCUGUAAGAGAGCCAUGAAAAAGGAAUUACAGUGUCUGCAGAACUACUGGAGUAUACACCAGGGCCUGACAGAGAGCGGCGAGGACUUCUAUGAGAUGUCACCCUAUGAGCUCCACGAAUUCUCAGAAGAGUUUAGACACGCCUCCAUCAUCUCAGACUCUUCUCUGUCCAAGGCCAGCCCAUGUUCGGAGCCAGGGAAACCCUGUAACCCAUGUCUCGAUGCAGCCAAGGCUUGCAACCUCAAUGAAACCUGCAAGAGACAACGCUCCAAUUACAUUGCUAUCUGCAACAAGCUCUCUCAGCCCUCACUGGCCAACCAGGAGCCUUGCAGCCGCAAACGAUGUCACAAGGCGCUGCGUCAGUUCUUUGAGCGUGUGCAGUGGGAGCUGAGUUACCCCCUGUUGUUCUGCUCGUGUUCGGACCAGGCCUGUGCUGAGAGACGUAGACAGACCAUUGUACCUGCCUGCUCCCACCAGGAGAAACACAGACCCUCCUGUCUAGAGCUACGACGCGCCUGCCGCUCCGAUGCACUCUGCAGAUCAAGACUGGCUGAUUUCCAUACGAACUGUCAGAUGACGGGUCACUCCAUCACCAGCUGUCCCCAUGAUAACUACCAUGGCUGCCUCAUGGCCUACGUAGGCCUUAUUGGGUCUGAUGUGACUCCUAACUACAUGGACAGCAGUCCCAGUAACAGCACCAUCUCUCCCUGGUGCUCCUGCAGAGGGACUGGCAACCAGGAAAAUGAGUGUGACGCCUUCCUCAGAGACUUCACACACAACACCUGCCUCAAGAAUGCCAUCCAGGCGUUUGGCUAUGGUCCAGAGGGGAGUGUACUUCCUGUUAUAGAGUCUUUGGCCACGCCCUUUCCUCCCAUACAGCCACCACUCAACUCUAAGCCCGCCCCCUCGCUCCAUGCCAAUGAAAUCAAGCCUCAGGACAGCACCUGUGUCUUCUCAACCUGCGCCAACCUUAAGGAUGGAGAACAAAAGUGCAUUCCCUCCAAUGACUUUGAGUGUGAAGAGGCGUUAUUGGCACAGGGUUCUAAGGGAGAAGAGGGUAGAGCCCAGCACUCUGCAGCAGCCCCUGGAACCCUGAUUGUGAGAGAGUGUGUGAGUGUGUGCAUGUCCAUGUUGGGGCUUUUGCUCCAGGCUCUGUAGUACACAUGUACACUCCUGACUGCUGACCUCGAAACCCUGUCCUCGGGGUCAGACAGGAAGCCCAAACGCCACCCGCAGGAAGUUCUGUGACAUCACAUCCUCCACUACCAUGUCAAAACAACAAUAUCGACAGAAAAACUGAGCGAAGAUGAAAGCAGAGUCGAAGAAAGGAGAAAAGGUAUUGGAGAGGAGAAGUGAUGAGAUGAGAAGAGAGAGAGGACAGAGAAGAGACUGGCACUCAUUCUACAGAGAGACAAAGAGAGGGAGAGAGAGAAGGAGACAGACACUGGAUGGAUGAUUCUACACAUGCCCUGUCCUAUCCUCCCACCCUGAACACUGUGGACUCUCAGGUCUGCAUUACCACCCUUUGUCUUGGUGUUUCUGAGUGUAUAGACACUUUGGCUGAGAUGGUAGUUCUGAUGUCUAACUAAUAGAGUGCAGAAUGAGUUGGCGAAGUGUGCUGCCAAAAGACGCACUUCCUAAAAAUCUGAUGGGACACUGCACCUCCAGAAAUUCAUCCUCAUAUGCAUUUUAAAAUAAACUGUAAACAGGGUGCGAAUUACGGGGGAGACGGGGGGGCUCAGCUCACCUGAAUGAGACGUUAGCUCCCUUAAAUGCAACUAAAGUCAAACUUUGGGGGGUCGCUAAAUAAUGCUAAUUUAACUAUUCUCCUAUUUGUUAAAAAUGCAGUGGUAAAUAUGUUUUACAUUGGUAAAUAUGAGAAUAAAAGCUUACAAAUGAA